AUGAUACUCGUAUUCCAUGACAAAUUCUCUAAAUUGCUGGAGAUUGUACCACUCCGGAGAGUGACGACAGAGGGCCUGAGUAAGUCUUUCCGGGAGCGAAUCCUCGCGCGAUUCGGCGUUCCGAAAGUUCUGGUGACGGAUAACGGACCGCAAUUCACCAGUCGAGCGUUCAAGCGGUUCCUCGAGCAAUAUGGGGUAAAGCACCAAUUCACUGCUCCUUAUACCCCGCAAGAAAACCCGACAGAGGGAACGAACCGGAUCAUAACACAAUUAACAGACGAGCAACAACGGAACUGGGACGGCCUGCUACCAGAAAUUAUGCUAGUACUGAAUACUAGCGUCUGCGAAUCCACCGGCUACAUCCCGGCAUUCCUAACACAAGGACGCGAGCCGAGACUCCCAAGGGCAGUCUACGAUGAGACCACGUUCGGCACAGGGCAGAACUCAACGACGCCAAACGAGAAGGCCACAUCACUAAAGGAAGUAUUCAGUCUGGUGCGCCAAAACCAACAGCGGGCAUCUGCGGAACAGGCACGGCACUAUAACCUACGGAGGAGGCAAUGGAGACCAGCUAUAGAAGAUCUGGUGCUACUGAGGGAGCACCUACAAUCGAAAGCAGUAACAAACUUUGCGGCGAAGUUGGCCCCGAAUUAUAGUGGAGGUGGAAAGACACGGAAAGACGAGGACAGCCCACAUAAGCGAAAUAAGGGUUUUUACGAGAGGCGAGACGAACUUCCCGGAAGCAGCAAACAAACAACCCCCCGCGAAAAUACGAAGAACCGAAACAAAGAUACAGAGGCAAAGAAGGAAAUAUAA